AUGGCGCAAUCACAGCCAGCGCAGAAAUACGGACCAGAUUUAUCUGUGAAAUUGAUUUGUCCUGAAUGCCAGAUACCCAAUCCAAACGUCGUUGAGGAAUUCAGCUCUGGUGAUCUAGUAUGCGGUGAUUGUGGUUUAGUUCUUGGAGAUAAGGUCGUCGAUACGCGCUCUGAGUGGCGUACAUUCGCCAACGACGAGGGUGACGAUCCCUCGCGUGUCGGUGCAGCCAGCAAUCCACUUCUCGACGGCGUCGAUGAAUUUGAGACGAUGAUCUCUUCUAGAGACGGCAACUCGGGUAUUUCUAAGGAACUGCAAAGAGCUGCUGCGAAAUCAUCUCAUGGUCGAAGCGAGCGCAGCUUGAUGAACGCGUUCCGCGAUAUUUCCUCAAUGGCUGAUCAGAUAUCCCUUCCACGUUCCAUCGCUGAUAUCGCUAAACAACUCUAUAAACGUGUCGACGAAGAAAGACUGCUUCGUGGUAAAUCCACCGACGCUAUCAUCGCUGCUUGCAUUUUUAUAGCUUGCAGACAGGCUGGCGUGCCUCGUACUUUCAAAGAAGUCUGGGGUCUUACACGCGUGCCUAAAAAAGUCAUCGGUCAGUGCUUCAAAGUACUUGAAAGAGCUUUCGGUAGCAACUCUCCAUCUAUGACGCCAGGUGUUGACACUCCAACUCUCAACAAUGUACAAAGUGGUCCAGAAGAUCUUAUGGCGAGAUACUGCAACCACCUCAGUCUUCCCGUGUGGCUCCAGAGUGGUGCUGUCGAUGUCGCUAUUGCUGCUCGUGAACACGGUGUUUUGGCUGGUAGAUCCCCUAUUACUGUCGCUGCUACGUGUAUUUACUUUUCCUCUGCUCUCUUUGGCUAUCCAAAGUCUGCUUCGGAAAUUGGUAACAUCGCAGGCGUCGGCGAUUCAACCAUCAAAUCAGCAUACAAGAUAUUGUUCAACGAAAAACAACCCGUACUAGCAUCUAUACACGACAAAAGAGCAAACGUAAGGAAUUUACCUGACCCAUAA